AUGAACGAACGCCAGACGGGGAACGCGAACGAAGAAAAGACGAACGACCCGCAAUUCCCUGCUGUAAGGGUCGAGGAUCGCAGACUUGCAAUCCACCGUCCAGACGGAUCCUCGGGCGAACCGAAGCCGCCUGCCAUUGUACCGCGUCUUCCGUGCACUGGCGCCGCUUCUCUUCACUUUCACCGUCCAGGCUUUGGAUUCCACCUCGACUUCCAGAGCUCGACUUCCAAGUGCCCGACUUCCAAGGGCUCGACUUCUGGAGCAGGCAUCAACGACUCUGCUCUUACUCCUGACUUGACGAUCCAGGGACAGCCGUAG